GCCACGUACGACGCAGACACCAAAUGAUUCGGUCCUCUCGUUCGGUUCCUCGGGGAGACAUUUCCGUCACGAAUCUCCCAACCUCCGAGCCCCGGAAAAAACUCCUCUCCCGGCCAUCUAUUUCUUCCCCCAAAUCGAAACCGUAACCCUUAAUUCCAAUUUCCCCUUCUCCUUUCCUCCUACUGCUCUCAGGAUGAGCAGUCUGAGAGUGAUUUGCCGCCCGCACGUGGUCGUCUCCUCUAUCUACUGCUGCAGAGGCUACGGUCGCCUAAGGUUCGCGCCCUCCGCCCGGAAUCCUAAUCUCCCAAUCUCGCACCCGUCGUAUGCAUCGUCUCCUUUUGUCCUCGAUGACUCCCCGAGGAUGGGACCGGCGUCGCGCGCUAAUUCGAGGAGGACGCUCACUAGGGUCUCCAAUUGGAACUCCGAGAAGUCGCCUUAUGAUACCCUUGAACUGGAAAGGGAUGCUGAUGAUGAGAAGAUUAAAGCUGCUUAUAGAAGAUUGGCCAAGUUUUACCACCCAGAUGUUUAUGAUGGUAGAGGAACUCUUGAGGAAGGAGAAACAGCUGAAUCCCGAUUUAUCAAAAUUCAAGCUGCUUAUGAGCUUCUAAUAGAUGAUGAGCAGAGGCGACAAUACGACAGAGAUCACCAUGUCAAUCCUAUGAAGGCUUCCCAGGCAUGGAUGGAAUGGGUGAUGAAAAAGCAAAAAGCAUUUGAUCAGCGUGGUGAUAUGGCAAUUGCUGCUUGGGCUGAACAGCAGCAACAUGAGAUGAAUCUCCGAGCACGUCGUCUUUCUCGUUCAAAGAUUGAUCCUGAAGAAGAGAGGAAGAUUUUGGCAAAGGAGAAGAAAGCAUCCAUGGAGUACUUCACCAAUACCCUGAGAAGACAUACACUUGUUCUGAAGAAGAGAGAUUUAAUGCGGAAAAAGGCAGAGGAAGACAAGAAAAGGGUCAUUAGUCAGCUUUUAGCGGCGGAAGGUCUCGAGCUUGAUACAGACGAUGAUGAUGAAGCUGUAUGAUGAAUUGUUCAUCAUAUGGGAAAAUUUGUUGUACAUACAGAGAUCUCUUUAUUUCUGGUCAUGGAAAGCAGGUAAUGAAAUCUGUCUAAUAUUUUUCUCUUAACUGUAUCCUAUGAUAUAUAUCAUUGUUUUAUCGGUAUAAUCUGAAAUCAGUACAUCUAAAUAGAAUGAUCGAAAAUUAGCAUGACCCAA